AUGGGCCUCGUGACUGCCAUCCUAGAGAAGCCACUUUUAGGCACUCUGGUUGACAAUACCAGCAAAGCGCAGCCUUUCAGCCAUUCCCACAAGAUACGUCACCAGUAGCUCUACUAGAGCCAUCCACAAAAAUUCAGCCAGAGUUCUAACUCUUACUGCAUCUGCUCAAACUGGCACCGUCUGAUCAGGAAAUACAACCUAAAUGUGUGCCACCAGUGUUUCCAUCAGUCCAUGAAGGAUACAGGAUUCAUCAAGUUGGACUAA